AUGGCGGAGAAGACUACCGACGUGUAUCGGUCUUCCGAUUCGGAUUCCCCAGAUAACCAUGGUUACAGACAUGGUUCAGUUUCCAACAAGCUCCAGUCAAGACAAGCAGCUGAAGCCAACGAGGCCCAGGAUAUCUAUGGCGAUGUCCAGACGGCAGAAGAAUAUGGCUAUGUCAAGAGAGGUCUGAAAUCGCGACACAUUCAAUUCAUUGCGCUUGGUGGCACGAUUGGUACUGGUCUGUUCCUAGGUAUCGGACGAGCUUUCAGCACGGGCGGUCCUCUGUCACUGCUCCUCGGUUACACACUCGUUGGUUGCAUGGUUUUCGCCAUGAUGAUGUCUCUAGGUGAGAUGGCAACAUGGCUUCCUCUUCCUGGUGCCAUUCCUCAGUAUGCGACAAGAUAUAUUGAACCAGCAUUCGGCUUCGCAACGGGCUGGAACACAUGGUACUCGAACGCUAUCACCCUGUGCGCUGAAAUAUCUGCUGCUGCAACAGUCAUCGACUACUGGCAAGGCGCUCGACACAUCAACCCAGCGGUAUGGAUCACCAUUGUUCUCGUGUUGAUUCUCUUCCUCAACAUCUUUGCUGUAGCAAUCUAUGGUGAAGCUGAAUUUAUUUUCGCAUCCAUCAAAAUUCUGACAAUCGUUGGUCUCCUGAUCUUGGCCCUGAUCAUCGAUGUUGGUGGUGUUCCAGGCCAACAAAGACUUGGAUUCCACUACUGGAAAACUCCUGGUGCAAUGGCCGAGUACAUUGACACAGGCGCGACAGGUCGCUUCUUGGGUUUCUGGGCUGUCAUGGUUAAUGCCGCAUUCGCUUAUGGUGGUGUGGAAAUGGUUGCUGUUGCUGCUGGUGAGGCCGAAAACCCACGACACAAUAUUCCCAAGGCUGUUCGACGAGUUUUCUGGCGUAUAUUGUUCUUUUAUGUCCUAGGAACUUUGGCUAUUGGUGUGCUCAUACCAUAUAACGACGACAAUCUUCUCAGUGCUAUCAAGAAUGGUGAACCUGGUGGUGCUCGUUCACCCUGGGUCAUUGCAAUCAAACGAGCCAAUAUCGCUGCUCUGCCAUCCAUCAUCAACGCUGUCAUUCUGACAUCCGCAACCUCGUCGGGCAAUGCCUUCUGCUACACUGGUUCUCGAUACCUUUUCGCCCUUGCUCAGACUGGCCAAGCACCACGCUUCUUGCUCAAAUGUUCAAAGAAUGGCGUUCCAUACUACUGCGUCCUUAUCACCUGGUCGAUCGGUCUCCUCACCUACAUGUCAGUCUCUUCAGGCUCUUCCACAGUCUUUGCCUGGUUCCAAAACUUGACCACCAUCUCCACCUUGUUCACAUGGGUCAUGAUCUGCUUCUCCUACGUGCGAUUCCAUCACGCCUGUUCAGCUCAAGGAGUGGCUCGACAUGAAUUGCCAUUCCGAACUAGACUCAACGACAAAGCUCCAAUCCUCGGCUAUGUCGCCGGCAUUUUCUUCGCGAUCGUAAUCUUCUUCAAUGGCUUCGAUGUUAUUGCAGGAGGUUUCAACUAUCAAGGAUUCAUUACCGACUACAUCGGAGUGCCCAUCUUCUUCGGCCUCUACCUGAUCGGCAAGAUUUUGUUCAAGUCGAGAUGGGUACCAUCCGCCGAGGCUGAUAUCUAUACUGGAAAGGCUGCCUUGGAUGCUGUCGAGUGGCCAGAGCGAGUGCCAAGGAAUGUCUUGGAGAGGAUCUGGUUCUGGAUCGCCUAA